AUUCUUGAAGAUUCCUACUAGUCAGUGGUAAGUCUGCAUCGGUCUUUCACUCUGCAUAACGGGCAAACAGGCUUCGCGUCAACACAGACUCCAGGGUGAAACUUUUCCACAUGUGUCCUCCGUUUUGCUUGUUGUCCAGAAAAGCUGAAAAGCCCAGUCAGGAGACGCCAAAUUGUCCUGGAAAUUAGACAACACUCGCAGACUUGUCCUCUGAAGACAUGCUUGGCAGCUGCUCAGACCUCAACCAUGCAGCUAAGGAGGGUGGCAACCAGCAAAAUGACGCAUUUGCACAGGACAAGUACAAGUCCACAACUGCACAAGUACAGAAUACAGAAGAUGGUGUUCUGUUUUUUGAUUCGGACAGUUAGCGCUGCAGACCGGGUCACUCUGCGGAGGAGGACUCUGAUAGGGGCAGUCACGGUGAGCGCCCUCAUUAUUCUCGCUCUCCUCGGUGGAAUCGUUAUCACUGCUCAUAGAUUAAUGGAAGUGCUCGACCAGCUUAAUACAGUGUCAGAUGUUACUAAGGAGUUUCCAAGUCUGUCAAGAAAAGAAGGGAUUGUUCCAGAGGAAGUGUGGCGUUGGAUUGUAGCAGCUAAAGCUGCUAUGACUCUUAACCCUCAGUCGGCUCACGAGCUUCUCAGCGUGAGCAGCGAUGGUAAAAGACUCUACCAAGCGUCCUCAAGCAGUCCUCCCCGUGUCAGCACGACUGAGACAUACCUUUGGUGUCUCUGUGUUGCAUCUAAGAACCUGCUGAAUACCAGGGCUUAUUUUGAACUUGAGGUGACGCAGAGUGUGCCGUGGACUCUGGGGCUGUGUACUGAGUCUUUCAAUGCAGACAACACCCCUGAUACACAUCCUGAACGUGGCAUCUGGACGAUAAGAUCAGCAGAGAGUAAAAUAAUAAUCAAUGACGGUAAAGCCACUCCAACGCCGUACGCCACACCGGCUAAGCUCGGUCUGUAUUUGGACUAUGCUCGAGGUCAGGUGUCCUUCUACGAUUCGGUGGCUAGACUUCACCUGCACACUUAUCUUACCAGCUUUAAAGAAAAACUUCGUUUCUAUGCUGCUGUUCGGGUUGGGAUAGAGGAGACCCAAGAAGCGUUAAUUUCAUUUGUUUAAUUCUGAUAUUUGAGUAGGUUAGGUUCGGGUGGAUUAUUAAUGUACCUUCAUUUUAAAUCAAAGCUGCCUUAUUGCCUCUAAUGUGUUUUCUUUCUUAUUUUGAACUUCUACUAUGGAAAAUAACCCCAAGCAGAAUUAAAUAAAGCUGUAUUUUAACCUGCAUGCUACAACUCAAAAUCUAUUAAUACAUAAAGUGCAUGAAAUAUCAGUCACACACACACACACACACACACACACACACACACACACACACACACACACACACACACACACACACACAGUGAUUGUUUCAUAUGUGUAAGAUACAUACUAGACAUGCCUUCCUUUUUUGUAUGAAUAUUGUAAUGAUGAACAUAAACUU